AACAUGAUAGCCACACAAUUUGUGUGGGAACGAAUUCGGGUCCUCUCUAAAUAAAAACAAGAAGAACAGAUUGCGUUUUGCGAAUCGGGAGAUUUUAAAAACAAGAAAGGCAAGAUAUCUAUCAAAUCAAGUCGUCGUGCAUUGGUGGUGUUGCGCGGUGGACAACAUAAGUAGAUAGGCAGGCAGACAGACAGCAGGCUGAUUGUCUGCCCAAGGCAAGAGCUCAAACGGGACAAUCUUCUUUAUCCCAGAGGAAGAGUUGGAACUAAAUACGGAAUUCCAUUCUGAGUGAUCUCCAACUACUCUCUUUUGUCUAUUCUUAUGUGGUUGCGGUGUUAUUGAAAUGGGCUGGGACCCCUUUGCGUGAUUUCAGGUAUUCUUGUAAUUUGUAGUGUCGCCUAUAUUGGUUUGGAUCUAGUUUAUUAUGUGAGCAAGGCCAUUGAACUGAUAUGUCUGGCUGAAGUUAUUAAGCUUUUUCGAUCAAACGAAUAAUUCGGCGAAUUCCAAACCUCACGUUUGACAUCAUGUUGACCAUUCUUUUGAACGAUGUGUUCAAAUUGAGUGUAGGUGAAUAUUCCAUACAUUUAUUAUAGGUUUGUAUUGGAUUGACUCUACCAACUAGUGGAUCCGAAACCUCAAGUGUGUCUAUGAACGGAUUUAUUCCCUUUCUUAAUUCAUUGCCGUUUUGACCAGUUUGCAGCCUUUCUACUACCUCUGCUGGUAGCAAACUGAAAACCACAAGGCUGCUGCUCCUAUUUUCUUGUGCCCAAAUCAUUGAGCGCAGCAGUCAUUAUUUCUCUCAUCUGACAAUAAUCCUCACGCUUUCUCUCUACAUAUGAUGUAUGAGAGUGUGGACGUCGUGGGACUGAAUCCCAGCCCGAACCCGUUUUUAAUGAUGGAUUACUACAACCAGAGCAGAGGAUGUUUGAUCCCGGAGAAAGGACUUGUGCCCGGAGUGCCCCAUCCCUACAGCUCGUCCAUCAGAAACCAACACUGGAACGGCUCAAAUCACUCUAUAGAGACGCAGAGUACCAGCUCAGAGGAGAUAGUGCCGAGCCCGCCGUCGCCCCCUCCUCCCCCGCGGGUCUACAAGCCCUGCUUCGUGUGCCAAGACAAGUCCUCAGGAUACCACUAUGGAGUCAGCGCCUGUGAAGGCUGCAAGGGCUUCUUUCGGAGGAGCAUCCAGAAGAACAUGGUGUACACGUGUCACCGGGAGAAGAACUGCAUCAUCAACAAGGUCACCAGGAACCGCUGCCAGUACUGCCGGCUGCAGAAAUGCCUGGAAGUGGGCAUGUCCAAGGAGUCGGUGAGGAACGACCGGAACAAGAAGAAGAAGGAUGAGAAGAAGCCGGAGUGUACUGAGAGCUACGUGCUGAGCACUGAGACGGAGCAGAUGAUCAACAGGGUCAGCAAGGCGCAUAAGGAGACCUUCCCUUCCCUCUGCCAGCUGGGCAAAUACACUACGAGUAACAGCUCGGAGCGGCGUGUGGCUUUGGACGUGAACCUGUGGGACAAAUUCAGCGAGCUGUCCACCAAGUGUAUCAUCAAGACGGUGGAGUUUGCCAAGCAGCUGCCCGGCUUCACCACGCUCACCAUCGCUGACCAGAUCACCCUGCUCAAGGCCGCCUGUCUGGACAUACUGAUUCUGCGGAUCUGCACGCGCUACACACCGGAGCAGGACACCAUGACGUUCUCGGACGGCCUGACACUAAACCGGACCCAGAUGCACAAUGCCGGCUUCGGACCGCUCACCGACCUGGUGUUCGCCUUCGCCAACCAGCUCCUCCCCCUGGAGAUGGACGACGCCGAGACGGGGCUGCUCAGCGCCAUCUGUCUGCUGUGUGGAGAUCGGCAGGACCUGGAACAGGCAGACAAGGUGGACGUACUACAGGAGCCCCUACUGGAGGCUUUGAAGAUCUACGUGAGGAAGAGGAGGCCUCACAAACCACACAUGUUUCCCAAGAUGCUGAUGAAGAUCACCGACCUGAGGAGCAUCAGUGCCAAAGGAGCCGAGCGUGUCAUCACCCUGAAGAUGGAGAUCCCGGGCUCCAUGCCCCCUCUCAUCCAGGAGAUGCUGGAGAAUUCUGAGGGUCUGGAGAGUGGGGCCACAGGCUCCCGGACCAGUGGGGCCCUCCCAGGCAGCUGCAGCCCCAGCCUAUCCCCAAGUUCCGCCCAAAGCAGCCCCAGCCCCACCACGCAGUCACCGUAGCAAGCAGCCCUCUUUUUCUUUCAUCCCCCUCUUUCUCCCUGUGGUUGGGGAGUCCUCAAUGGACACAGAGACUGGCGUGUUCUUGAGUGUUCCUCCCUAUGUGCGAUACACCCUCUCCUGCUCCACCCCCUCAAAGACACUGUCUGGAAAAUGGCGGACGGGCGGUGGUGUGAUUUCUCCGUUUUCUGGAACACUGCUGAUAUCUCCUCCAUCGCUCACCUCACCCUUCCCUCUCUCUCUCUCUCUCCACCUGAAAGACUGAGGGAAGGAAUCGAAAGGAGCAGUCAGAGCUGUGGACACUGGUCCACUCAGAGGGGCUGGCGGGAAAGGGGGAGACAGACAGACAAACGGACAGGACAAGCAGACAGACUAACACCAGACACUUUUCUCGUUUCUCCAAGGCGGACUGCAGGCAUGGACUUGUCGAAGAAGACCCCACAAAAAGACUGGGUCGUUCUCCUUUUCCAUCUUUGAAAAACAGAUUUCGUACAAAAUAUAUAUAUAGAAAAGUAAGAAACUGUUGUGAUUGAAUUCUUCUUGAUGGAAUAACAGGUUGAGAAGAAAAACAACUUUUUUGUGUGUUUUAAUUGUUCCAUUGUUUUAUCACAUACUGAUGAUGUUUUAAUUAACAAAAGUAAAGAAGUUAAAAUUUACUUUUUCAAUUUAAAGACAUACACACGCAAAUGUGCACAGAAUAGAGUUGCGAUAAAUAUCAAACUAUUCCAGGUUGGGUUUGCUUUUUCUCUCCUUUUUCUUUUCUGCUGCAAAGAGAAUUGGAAAAAAUGAUUGUAUGAGCUUGGAUGUAUGAUAUGGUCACAGGUCCUUCAAGAAAUCAAAUGAAUGAAGUUAAGGUGUAUUUUAAGUAGCCUUUGAGUUCAUGUAUAUAAGCUGUAUUCAUUUCUUAAAAAAAAAAAAAAAAACUACGGAUACCUUUUACGUGUUUUGUUCGUAUGUUUAUGUUUGAAGAAAAAUAUAUUUUAAGCACAUUUUCCUGAAGGAGGGACAUGUCCAUAGAAAUCACUAUUGUUCUUAACGGCAGCCACAAUUUAGUUCACUCUCACCCCUUAAAUUACAACAUAGAUUCCCAUGAAUACGAAAAAGAAAACCAAAGCACUCAUAUUGGGGCUUUUUGGUGAUUGGUAGCUGAAGAAAGAUGUGGAUUUGGGGAGUUGGAGGGUUGAGAGCCAGGUGCUGGGUUCAUCCAGCUAGGCACAGAGACUAGACACAGCAUGGUUCCCAAAUGGAUUACAAUGUGAAGGAUGGAGUACAGUACACUGUAUUUUCAAGACAAGUGAUUCCUAUAAGAAUCUAAAAAAUGAUAUGUGGGGGAGGGUAACUUGAGUGAUCUAGUGUCCCCUAUUGAUGGUGAAGGAAGUUGGCCUUGUUGACUAUGCUCUCACGAAUACACCAACAACCUGGGUUGUAUUCAUUAGGCGUGAAAAAUAAAAAAAAUAAGUGAUUGACACAGGGAGAGUCUACCCCCCCCCCCCUUGUAAAAUGUUUUGCAGUGUGCACUAAUGAAUGUGACCCCGUUUUGGGAAACGGGACCUUUGACCUUUGCCUCAAAGCAAUACCACCUGUGAUUCUUCAUAGAAGCCCAACAUCACCACUGAGCCUAGUUUUUGAUUCUCACACGCAGCUCGCUCAAACAUUCAUCACUGUACACAAACACAUAUCGAUGUCUCAGGAAGGAAUCAUUCUAUAUGCUUUGCUUGUUCUUUGUAAGAGUUUCCACUGUGCUGCACCCUACUGCCAAUCACACACAUGCAUGCUACUGAGCCCUUGAAUUCUACAACUCUACAAUCACUCGUCUCUGCUCGGCCAGUACUUUGCAGAGAGACUGGUCUGAACAACAAGAGCUAUGCAGAGGAUGUCAAUAUGGAUUCUGUUGGAAUCAUAAAUGUGUUCAUUUUUUUUCCUCAAUUAGGACAACACCUGUCCACAACAGCGCACAAGCCUCUCUCCCCAGCAAAUCUGGAUUAGCAACACAAACCCCUCGAUUUGAGAAGUAUGGAAUAUGUUGCAAUUUUUUUCAAAAUUCAUCAGGCAACUUAAAAUAAAAACAUUUCAGAAUA